GUCUGCGUUUACAAACUGGUGAAAUGGAGAGAGAGUCAAUGACGAACCGUGGACAUUCUCUUUAAAACAGACUGAAACGAGGUACUGUCACAAAUAAUUAAUGCAGUGUGGCAUCAUGGCUAGGUAGCUCCUGCUGCAAGCGAUGGCGGUUUUCAGACAGCUGCUGCUCCUGCUCUGGAAGAACAUCACAUACCGCAGGAGAAACAAGAUCCAGCUGGUCAUCGAGCUCCUCUGGCCGCUCUUCCUCUUUGUCAUCCUCAUCUCUGUCCGCCACUCGCACCCUCCCUACAAACAGAGCCAAUGCCACUUUCCAAACAAAGCACUUCCGUCGGCAGGCACGCUGCCCUGGAUCCAGGGCAUCAUCUGCAACAUCAACAACCCCUGCUUCCACAGCCCCACUCCAGGGGAGACGCCAGGGCAAGUGGGCAACUUUGACAACUCCAUACUGUCCCGUCUUUUUGUGGACUCCCGGACUAUUCUGUCCUAUGGUGGAAACCGGAGCUUCUCUGGCUUCCAGGAGCUGUUGGAAAGCGUCCAGAGGCUUGGAGAGAGACCUGGAGCCUGGCCAAAUCUCCCUGUAGGAGAAUACCUGAGAGCCAAUGAGACAUUCUCCACCUUCCUCCUGACCAAUGGCAGCCUGUCACGUGCGACUGUGGACCAGCUGCUGAAAGCCCGUCUCAAUUUUCAGGUCUCUGUGGCCGCAGCUGGGGUGCAGCUGAAGGAGUUGGUGUGUAAUGCCAGCAUGUUAGGACAGUUCCUGACAGUGGAUGCAGGAGAAGCCGCCAUGGCCGACCUGCAGACACAGCUGUGUGACGUGCCAGCCGACACCCUGCAGCAAGCCGAGCGCCUCUUCCUCUCCCAGCUUGACUUCACCAAGUUCUUCACGAGGGAACGUCUGAUGUCCAACGCUGGAGACCUCAGAGUACUCAGCCAGGCCGUCACCUCUGUGUCGCAGGAACUGGCUGUCCUCAUGGACGAUUUCUCCUCCCUCUCUAGUUUCACAGAGAUGAGUGCGGCACUUCGUCUUCUAUCUCCAGAGAAUCGCUCGGCGUUGCCCAGGGAGAGUUUCCGGGCAUUUUCCAAGGUCAUGUGCGGGCACCCGGAGGUGGGUGGCGAACGCAUCCCUUCAUUCAACUGGUACGAAGAUAAUGACAUCAAGUCCUUCCUGGGCAAGAAUGGCACCGAGGACAAUGACCUGGACCGUGACAACAACACCACUCCAUUCUGUAAAAGUCUGAUCCAAGGCCUGGAGUCCAACCCUCUGUCUCGGCUUGUGUGGCGAGGCAUCAAGCCUCUGUUCAUAGGAAAACUGCUUUAUACACCAGACACACCUGUGAUACAGCAAGUCAUGAAAGAGGUGAACAAAACCUUCCAGGACCUGCAGAUCCUACAGGAGCUAAACGGAGCCUGGAUGGAAGUGGGACCACGAAUCAAGAACUACAUGCAGAGCAGUGUGGAGGUUCAGCUGCUGCAGGGUUUGCUGAAGCGACCAGAGGUGGCUGUGCUGGUCAACCUGCGCCUUGAGAACACGUCCUGGACGGCCUCACGCAUCGCCCGCUUCCUGUCCACGCCCUCACCUGACACCCCCAGGAAACCUGGAGCUCCCCCUACCUGGCUGGACGUCUACAACGACCUCAACCACACCAUCACCACCCUCGCACAAGUCACUCAGUGUUUUUCCCUGAACAAGCUGGAGGGGGCAGAGACUGAGGGUCAGAUGAUUGACAGGGCCCUGGAGCUGUUGGAGGACAGGCAGUUCUGGGCAGGCGUGGUCUUCCUGCUGCCUAACUCCUCCUCCUCCCGCCUGCCGCCCCACGUCACCUUUAAAGUCCGAAUGGACAUCGAUGACGUGACCAAGACCAAUAAGAUCAAGGACAGGUUCUGGGAUCCUGGUCCAGCCGCCGACCCAUUCAGCGACAUGCGCUACAUCUGGGGUGGCUUUGUGUACGUCCAGGACCUGGUAGAGAGAGCGCUCAGCCGCGUCAUGACUGGUGUUCAGCAGAACACGGGCAUCUACAUCCAGCAGAUGCCUUACCCUUGUUAUGUGGACGAUGUCUUCCUGCGAGUGUUGAAUCGCUCCCUGCCUCUUUUCAUGACUCUGGCCUGGAUUUACUCGGUGGCCAUGAUCAUCAAGGGUGUGGUAUAUGAGAAGGAGGCAAGGCUGAAGGAGACCAUGAGGAUUAUGGGCCUGGGAACUGGGACUCUGUGGCUCAGCUGGUUCAUCAGCAGCCUGGUUCCCUUCCUGGUCUCUGCAGCACUCCUCAUCGCUCUGCUUAAGUGGGGGGACAUCCUGCCGUACAGCAACCCAGCGGUGGUCUUUUUUUUCCUGACGGCGUUUGCCACUGCCACCAUCAUGCAGUGUUUCCUCAUCAGUACUUUCUUCUCCAAGGCCAACCUGGCCGCUGCCUGCGGGGGGCUCAUCUACUUCGGCCUCUACCUUCCUUAUGUUCUGUGCGUGGCCUGGAGAGAUCACCUCAACACUGUACACCGAGUCCUUGCAAGUCUGUUCUCUCCAGUGGCCUUUGGGUUUGGCUGUGAGUAUUUCGCCCAGUAUGAGGAGCAGGGUGUGGGGAUCCAGUGGUACAAUGUCCACUCCAGCCCCAUGGAGGGAGACACAUACAACUUCAAUACCUCCAUAGUCAUGCUGUAUGUGGACGCUGUCAUCUACGCCUCUGCUGCCUGGUACAUCGAAGCUGUGUUCCCUGGUGAAUAUGGCAUCCCCAAGCCCUGGAACUUCAUCUUCCAGGUAAACUACUGGGGAGGCGUUCCUCUGGAGGCAGGCGUGCCAAUCCCCCCCGCACCCAGAGAGCAGGACCAAGAUCACAUUGAGCCGGAGCCCACCCACCUGGUUCUGGGUGUGAGCAUCCAUAACCUGGUGAAGAUUUACAAGCGGGGAGCCAAGCUGGCUGUCAAUCAUCUCAACCUCAAGUUCUACGAGGGCCAGAUCACGUCCUUCUUGGGCCACAAUGGUGCCGGCAAGACCACCACCAUGUCUAUCUUGACCGGCCUGUUCCCUCCUACCUCCGGGACAGUCUACAUCAAGGGGUUAGACAUCCGCAGUGACAUGGACAUCAUCCGCAGGACACUGGGAGUUUGUCCACAGCACAAUGUGCUCUUUGACAUUUUAACAGUGGAGGAACAUGUAUGGUUUUAUGGGCGACUGAAGGGUUUGUCUGAAGCACAGGUGAAGGCUGAGCUUCACACUCUGCUGGACGACGUCGGCCUGCUGCACAAACGGCAUGAACAGACCAAGAACCUCUCUGGUGGCAUGCAGAGGAAGCUGUCAGUGGCCAUAGCGUUUGUUGGAGGCUCGAAGGUGGUUGUUCUGGACGAGCCAACAGCUGGCGUGGAUCCGUACUCCCGCAGAGGGAUUUGGGAUCUGCUGCUCAAAUACCGCAAAGAUCGAACCAUCAUCCUGUCCACUCACUACAUGGAUGAGGCAGACCUGCUGGGCGACCGCAUCGCCAUCAUCUCCCAGGGGAAGCUGUGCUGCUGUGGCUCGCCUCUCUUCCUCAAGGCCCGGCUGGGAAACGGCUACUACCUCACUGUGGUGAAGCGGGAGGGGCUGCACUCCAGCACUCCCAGCAGCACCACUAUCAGCACCAGCACCAGCACCAACAAACUGCCUCCUCUCACCAAGGACAGCGACUCGUCCAUGAGUGAUGACACGGGGCUGGGGAGCGAGGAGAGCGGCUCAGACCUGGCGGCACUGCUGUCCUUGGCACAGCGCCACAUCCCAGGGGUCAGGCUGGUGGAGGAAGCCGGGCGUGAGGGGGUGAUCAACCUGCCCCAGACGGCGGCCCAGGACGGCAGCCUUGGUGUCUUCCUGGCCGAACUGGACCAGAGGCUGAAUGAACUGGGCAUCACCAGCUAUGGCCUCUCAGACAGCACGCUGGAGGAGAUCUUUCUACGCAUGGCAGAGGAAACCGGUGUUGAUGCUGAACCAGAGCCUCAAGCCGAAUCUUCUCAGAGUCAACAGCCCGUAUCUGGGCAAAGGGCUCAGAGAGAGCAUGCCGAAGAAUCAGAGACUGACGCUCAGGAGACAGACCUGCUGAGUGGGGACGGGCGCGGAGGAACCCCCCUGACUGGUUGGUGGCUAACCUGGCAGCAGCUCAGGGCUCUGUUCAUCAAACGCUGGCUUUAUGCUCGGAGGAGCCGCCGGGGUUUCUUGGCACAGAUUGUUCUGCCUGCUGUGUUUGUCCUGGUCGCUCUGCUCUUCAGCCUCAUUGUGCCUCCAUUUGGGAAGUACCCCGCUCUGCAGCUGCAGCCCUGGAUGUAUGGAGAGCAGUACACCUUCUUCAGCAAUGAUGCCCCUGGGAACCCAGCCAUAGAGAACCUUCUGGAAGCCCUGCUGGACCAGCCCGGCUUUGGUACCAAGUGUAUGGAGAAAGAGGACAACAGCACGAACCCUCAGUGUGAGGGCGAGCAUGGCCGCAUCUACAUACCAACCCAGAUCCCCUACUCCACCUGGCAGAUGCUCAUCAGAGGCAACUGGAGCAGAGAGAGACCCUCGCCUGACUGUGAGUGUAGCACCGAGGAAGUCCGCCGGAUGCUCCCAGACUGCCCAUCGGGUGCUGGAGGACUCCCUCCACCCCAGAUUAAGAGGCUGACUGGAGACAUGCUCCAAAAUCUAACUGGUCGAAACAUCUCUGACUACCUGGUGAAGACUUACCCUCAGAUCCUCAAGAAAAGCCUGAAAACCAAGAAGUGGGUGAAUGAAUUCAGAUACGGGGGCUUCUCUCUGGGGGGCAGCUCUACCCAGACUGUAACCCAGAUGCACCAUGUCCAAGACUCAAUCACUGCUAUCAGGACCCGUUACCAAGUUGCACAGAACAGCUCUCUGGAUCACCUGCUGAACCGACUGCCAGAUUUUCUUGGAGGUCUGAACAGUCAAAACAAUGUCAAGGUGUGGUACAAUAACAAAGGCUGGCACGCCAUGGCAUCAUUUGUCAACGUGAUGAACAACGGGCUCCUGAGAGCGAGCCUGCCACCGGGUCCAGCAAGGAGGAAACACGGCAUCACCGCCUACAACCACCCGCUCAACCUGACCAAGGAGCAGCUCACCGAAAUGGCCAUGAUGACCACAUCCGUGGAUGUUCUAGUUUCUAUCUGUGUGAUCUUCGCCAUGUCCUUUGUACCGGCCAGCUUUGUCCUGUUUCUGAUUGAGGAGCGAGUCAGCAAAGCCAAACACCUUCAGUUUGUCAGUGGGGUCAAACCCGUCCUCUACUGGCUGGCUAACUUCACCUGGGAUAUGUUGAACUACACCGUCCCAGCCACCAUGGUCGUGCUGAUCUUCAUUGGUUUUCAGCAGCAGUCGUACGUCUCUGAGACCAACCUGCCUGCCCUCGUCCUGCUGCUGCUGCUUUAUGGGUGGUCUAUCACCCCUCUCAUGUACCCAGCAUCCUUUGUGUUCACUGUCCCGAGCACGGCCUACGUGGUUCUGACCUCCAUCAACCUCUUCAUUGGGAUCAAUGGCAGUGUUGCCACCUUCGUCCUGGAGCUGUUCAUAGAUGAGCAUCUGAACGAGGUGAACAGGAUCCUGAAGAAGGUUUUCCUCAUCUUCCCUCAUUUCUGCCUGGGUCGAGGACUCAUCGACAUGGCCAAGAACCAGGCCAUGGCCGAUGCCUUUCAGAGGCUUGGCACCAAGCAGACCCUGGACCCUCUGCAGUGGGACUUUGUGGGGAAAAACCUGUUUGCAAUGGCAGCGGAGGGGUUUAUCUUCUUCAUCUUCACCUUACUGCUGCAGUACAAGUUCUUCAUUCGUUGCAGGCCGUGGUGGACAGAGCCUCAGAUGCCUCCUCUUGGCCCAGAGGACGAAGAUGUCGCCAGGGAGAGAGAGAGAGUCAAAGGUGGCAGAGCCCAAGCGGACAUCCUUACCGUGAUGGAUCUCAGCAAGGUGUAUAAAGCUGGCAGGAAGCCAGCAGUGGAUCGGCUCUGCCUGGGGAUUCCCCGUGGGGAGUGUUUCGGCCUGCUGGGGGUGAACGGAGCGGGGAAGACCUCAACGUUUCGCAUGCUGACGGGAGACACGCCCAUCACGUACGGGGAGGCCUUUCUCAACCACCACAGUGUUUUGACAGAGAUGGAGCGGGUCCACCAGCUGAUGGGUUACUGUCCCCAGUUUGACGCCAUCAGUGACCUGCUGACAGGCCAGGAACACCUGGAGCUGUACGCACGCUUGCGGGGGGUGCCAGAGGACUCAGUGGCCAAGGUGGCCCAGUGGGGGGUGAAGAAACUGGGGCUGACCCAGUAUGCUGACAGGGAGGCUGGAGGCUAUAGUGGAGGCAACAAGAGGAAACUCUCCACCGCCAUCUCCCUCAUCGGGGCUCCGCCUAUUAUCUUCCUCGAUGAGCCCACCACUGGGAUGGACCCAAAAGCCAAAAGGUUUCUUUGGAACUGCAUCCUCAGUGUCACCAAGGAGGGAAGGGCUGUAGUUCUCACCUCCCACAGCAUGGAGGAAUGUGAGGCUCUCUGCACCAGAAUGGCCAUCAUGGUCAAUGGCAGGUUCCAGUGCCUGGGAUCAGUGCAGCACCUCAAGAACAGGUUCGGUGACGGCUACACCAUCAUUCUUCGUCUGAUGGACAAUAAGUCUCCCGAGGACUCCUGCCCCAUCGACACCUAUAUCAGGAACUCCUUCCCUGGCAUUGAGCUGAAGGAGCGCCACCAGAACGUGCUGCAGUACCAACUGCCCUCAUACAGCUGCUGCCUGGCUCGUGUCUUUGAUGUGCUGGCCAACAACUUUGAGGAGCUGGGCAUCAUCGACUACUCAGUUUCACAGACAACCCUGGACCAGGUGUUUGUGAACUUUGCCAAGGAGCAGACCGACGAUGACCAGCUAACAAAUGUGAUUGUCAGCAACGGGACGGUUCAGACCAACCAGGCUGUCCUGCCCACCCGAACUGCCCCACCUACUACACAACCACCACCAUCAGUCAAACCAAUUCCGCCAAGCAAGGCUCCACUGUCUGACAAGUCAUCUCACGGCAAACAAACAAAAGAGGGUAAAGCGAAAAAGGCAAAAUCCAACAAGGGCAAGUCCAGUGAGGGCAAAUCUAGAGAGGACGGGGUCACGGGGGAAACAGACGGCAGCAUGGCAAUGAGCAGUAUGCCUCAACCACAGGACAGGUCCCAGCAGAAGCCUGAGAUGAGAAUGGUGGGUAGUGACGAGUCUAAUAGUAGUAGCAGUGGUGUUAAGGCAGAAACCAGUCAGUCUUCAGCUAAUGGGUCCAAACAAAAUGGGGAGAGCUCUAGUAAGGAUCCUGCUGCUCUCUUCAUGGUAAGCAGCAACACACAGGACAGUAAGAUGUGAAGUGAACUGGUGCAGUAUGAGCAGAGGAAGCAUGAUGGAUAGACCAACUUCAGUUUGAACAAGUUACAAGUUGUGUCCACUUGAACAUCACUUGUUGCUCCUGUACUAGGGAGAUCAGGUCAAUCCUGAUCUGAUCUGGAGUCCACCAGCAUGUGGACAACAGAAAGACAAAGAUCAAAAAUCAAAUUGAAAUUGAGUCGAGAGGUUGUCAUAUCACCUCCUCUGAGGAAAGAAAACAACAGCUGUCACUAUUGAAGUAUAGGUUUGGUGCCUUGUUCACCCUCCAGUAGAUUUAUAGUUUAAUGUCCUUUACACAUGGUUACAAAUCCUGUGUUUUGUCAUUUGUACCUCUAUCUCAACAAUAGCCAUGUAAGUUGGAAGUAUAUUUAUUUAUUCUCCAAGAAUGUUAUGCAAGGCGCAAUGUACAAAGAAAAGGUGGCGUCCCUCAGGGCUCAAUCGUCAGACCUCUCAAAAUCUCUACUUCUCCAUUUUGCAUAAAGCACUUUAAAGAAGAGAAUGCUGCACAUGCUGUACCCUAACCUGUGACAUUAUUCCUUUUGCUGUUUGGGUCAACCAAAUUAUAUGAAGCAAAAUGUAGCUUGUGACAUGUAUCAGAAAGAAUUUGAAGAGUUAUGCCUUGGCUACACUGAACAUGUAACGUACACAGACCAAUGGCGGAGCAGAUGUGCCGUGGAAUGAAUCUUUUUACUGGCUCCACCUGCAGCGCAUGUACAUAACAGGGUUGUGUGAUGAGUCAUAUGCAAAACAAAAUGGUGAACACUCAUUUUGGGAUUGUGUGGGAUUGAGUCUGCAGUUUUUGGACUCAGCACAGUGCUGUGAAACUUCCACCUUUUUACAGAGUUUGUGUGAUAUGUGAACAUCUACAGACUACAGCACUGAGUGUAAUGAAUGAAGUUACCAAGCAACUGCCAGCUGGUACUGGCAAAAUAAAUGCCCACAGGGUGAGCAAAGCAAGAGUCAUUUCCUUUGUACCAGUAGAUUAAUUAAAAAAA